AUGCCUCCCAAGAAGGCACAAGUUCAGGAGAAGGUCCUGCUGGGCCGUCCUGGCAACAACUUAAAGAGCGGUAUCGUUGGUCUUGCAAAUGUCGGCAAGUCGACACUGUUCCAGUCCAUCACCAAGUCCUCGCUGGGUAACCCUGCCAACUUCCCUUAUGCCACCAUCGAUCCCGAGGAGGCUCGUGUCGUUGUUCCUGAUGAGCGCUUCGACUGGCUCGUUGACCAGUACAAGCCCAAGUCCGUUGUGCCCGCCAACUUGACUGUGUACGAUAUUGCCGGUCUGACACGUGGUGCCUCGACUGGUGCUGGUCUGGGUAACUCUUUCUUGUCUCACAUUCGCGCUGUCGAUGCCAUCUUCCAGGUCGUUCGUUGCUUCGACGAUGCUGAAAUUAUUCACGUCGAGGGUGAUGUCGAUCCUGUCCGUGAUUUGACCAUUAUCAGUGAGGAGCUUCGAAUCAAGGAUAUCGAGUUCGUCGAGAAGGCGCUCGAUGCCUUGAGCAAGCAGACUCGCCGUGGUGGUCAGUCGCUGGAGAUGAAGAAGAUGAAGGAAGAGGAGGCUACCACUGGUAAAGUCCUUGAGUGGCUGAAGAGUGGUAAGGAUAUCCGUCAAGGUGACUGGAGUCCCAAGGAGGUCGAGGCUAUCAACCCUCUCUUCCUCCUUACAGCUAAGCCAGUCGUCUACCUGGUCAACCUUAGCGAGAAGGACUACAUCCGCCAGAAGAACAAGUACCUUCCCAAGCUGUUCGAGUGGAUUAAGACCAACUCCGAGGGUGCUCCCAUCCUCCCCAUCUCCGCAUGCUUCGAGGAGCGUCUUGCCCUGAUGGGUGAUGAUGCUGCCGCCGAGGAGGAGUGCAAGAAGCUGGGCACCAGGUCUGGUCUUCCCAAGGUCAUUACUACCAUGCGUACUGCUCUGAACCUUGGUUCCUUCUUCACUACUGGUACCGAUGAGGUCCGUCAAUGGACUAUUCGUAAGGGCAUCAAGGCCCCUGCCGCCGCUGGUGUUAUCCACGGUGACUUCGAGAAGACUUUCAUCCAAGCCAUUGUGUACAACUAUGCCGUUCUUAAGGAGCUUGGUGACGAAGCUGCCGUCAAAGCUGCUGGUAAGAUCAUGACCAAGGGCAAGGACUACGUUGUCGAGGAUGGUGACAUCCUGCUCAUCAAGGCUGGUGCUGCCAAGAGCUAG